AUGUUUCUUUCAUAUGUUUUCUCUCUCUCUCUCUCUCUCUUACCCUUCUCUCACUCGCAUACCUUCUCUCAAUUUCUUACCUUCUCUCGAAUACUCCCUCUCUUACCUUCUCUCUCGCUCUCUUACCUUCUGUCUUUCUCUUUUACUUUCUGUCUUUCUCUUUUACCUUCUCUCUCUCUCUCAUGCCUUCACUCGAUCUCUGUUUCUCUCACUCUCUUACCCUCUCUCUCCUAUAUCUUCUCUCACUCUCAUACCUUCUCUCGAGCUCUUACCUUCUCUAGAUAUCUCACUCUCUUGUCUUCUCUCUUUCUCUCGCUCUCUUACCUUCACUUUCUUUCACUCGUACUUUCUCUCACUCUCAUACUUUCUCUACUUUUCUCACUCUCUUACCUUCUCUCUUUACUUUGCUCUUACCUUCUCUUUUUCUCUCAUUCCUUCUCUCUCACUCUCAUACCUUCUCUCGCUCUCUUCUCCUAUUUUUCUAACCUCUGGUUGAAAAGCAUAUCUUUCUUUUUUCUUCUUCUCUUUUGUCUCUUUUUUCUUCUCUUUCUUCUCAUUUGUCUUUUUCGUCUUUCGUUUCUUCCUCUACUUCUCUUUCUUUUUCAUCUCUUUUUGUCUUCAUUCUCCCCUUUUUCGUCGUCGUCUUCUAACAUUCCUCUUCUCUCGCCUGCAUCAUAA